UUUAAUUCGUUGCAGGUACUACAACUUUCUCGAGAUGAUGCUGCAAAGGGCUCAUACUCGCCAAAUCAGAGCUAUCUUCUUUAAUGUUUUUCUUGUUGGAGUCACGUUAUCAAUCUGUCAAGAUGUUGCUAAAGCGGACGAGGUGCCAGCAUUUUUCUUGAAGAUCGCCAAAGUUCCAGCUUUACCUCGAGUAGGCCGGAGCGGCUUUGAGAAUUUCUUUUACAAAGCCGAAAAGCAUAUACCUCGCAUUGGCAGAAAUAAUCAGCAGUCAACCAAUCCUCUGCACGAUCAGGAAUCUUACUCCGGUAUAACUAAAAGGCGCAUAGAACAUCCAAAAGUAGAAGAAUGGUCCUGGCAAAAUUUUCCAUUGGCGAUUGAAGGUCCAAAGGAGCUAUGGCGAACACUAGCUGGAUAUUCACAGAAUGGCGAUGACAUCGAGAACGAAGUAUGGCAGAGGAAGAAAAGAACCGGAACUGGACCAAUGAUCACGCAAACAAAGUAGAAUAAAUGCUUCAUCACUUCGCAAACGUUAUACAGUGUUUAAUGCUAUAUGGUGACGGGAAAUGAUGAAAAAUAAUAAAU